AUGGUGGCUUUUGACCGCGGAGUGCGGAGACUUUUCCUCCUCUUGACCGCUGUAGCUUUCAUCGUUCUUCUUACGAAUAUUUUCUUACUGUCCGGGACCGAUGUGCGGGAAACUAUAAAAAGCAUACCUAUUCCAGGGCAGGAGAAGGAAACAGGACAAAAUGUGCCCCCAGAUCCCAACGCAAAUCCUGGAAAUUUUGAAGAUCACGCAGCUGUCAAUGAUAACCAUCCGAUUGUUGGGUACAUGAAGGAGGCCGAUGAGAAAUGGCAAGCAUACGAAGAGGAGAGGUCCAUGACUUUUAAAGAAACCGUUUCAAAGUAUAGGAGGAAAUAUGGGAGAAAUCCGCCGCCAGGGUUCAGAGAUUGGUACAAGUUUGCCAGGGAGCGCAAUGUCCACAACGUCGAUGAUUUCGCUCAAAUCAUGGAUGAUCUGCGGCCUUUCUGGGGAGUCGAACCGUCUGUCAUUCGAUCUCUGGCCGCGCACAUGCAUGAAGAAGAACAAAAUGGCAUAUCAGGAAUAUUCAUAAGAGACGGGAAAUUUUGGAAUACAACCAGAGCAAACUGGCGGGCAGAGACGUUGGUAGAAAUGCUGAAGCCGUUCGUGGACAAAUUGCCAGACAUGGAUAUUGCCAUGAAUCGCUUGGAUCAACCUCGGCUCGUUGUACCUUGGGAGGAUCUGCAGGUUCUAUUGAAGAAAGAAGCUACAACUAGGCAGAUAUAUCCUGAUGCUGCUGCUGAAUGGACCACAAACAUGACUGGAUUUUACAAGGUUGAUGACCCAAAUCCAAUCAUCACGGACCCGAACUUUUUCCCGGCUCAUGGGAAGCAGUACAUGGACAUUGCGAAGGCUGGAUGCCCCCCAGAAUCUCAUGCUAGAGACAGGAAGUCCACCUUGACCUCGGCGGAGGCGCUAUAUAAGGAUCCCAACGGUGGUUUCGUGACCAACUUCAAUCGCUCUUCUGACCUGUGCACUAUUGGACCUGAGAUUGAGGACAAGCAUGGUUUUCUAUUUGCUCCAAGCAGCGUAGUAGCCAGCAAGUCUCUUCUCCCAAUUUUCGGAGAAUGCAAGGUCAACGUCAACAACGAUAUUCUAUUCCCAGCAAACAUGUAUUACAGAGACGACGAACGCUAUACCUACGAUGGUAAAUCUGACUAUCCGUGGGACGAUAAAAAGGAGACCAUAAUUUGGAGAGGCGUAACAUCAGGAGGAACUAACACCGCCGACAAUUGGGAGAGGAUGCACCGCCAACGACUCGUCCGGCUCUUGAACGGCACUGUAAUUUCCGAUAAAGACAUUCGAAUUAUGAACGAAGACCCUGAUCAUCAAGGAAAUUACCGAAACUUCAAACACUUCAACGCCAGCAAGUUUGCCUUGGAUCACACUGAUGUUGGCUUCACGGAGCCUGCAUCCUGUGUCCCGGAUUGUUCUUUCUAUGACAGUAUCUGGACCUACAAGAAAAUGACUACUCUGAGUGAACAAUUCAGAUCAAAAUACGUUGUUGAUGUUGAUGGUCACUCAUUUUCAGGAAGGUGGCGUGCCUUCGUCCAGAGCAGGAGCUUGGGCAUCAAGGCAACAAUAUUCAGGGAAUGGCAUGACUCGCGAAUCAUCCCCUGGAGGCAUUUUGUUCCUCUAGACAACCGUUUCGAUGAGAUUUAUAGUCUUUUGACAUAUUUCAUCGGCCUGGGGUCCCCUUCAGAUGCAGGAAACAGUGACAUUCCUUACGUUCCGAGGCAUGACUUUGAGGCCAGGAAACUGGGACGGCAAGGGAGGGAAUGGGCAGCGAAGGUGCUGAGGAACGAGGAUAUUGAGAUUUAUCUUUACCGCUUGAUGAUAGAGUAUGCAAGAAUUAUCGAUGAUAACAGAGACAGAAUCGGCUAUUCAGGGGAUGGAAGCGAGCUUGAUAAAUACGAUGCAAAAAAUUCCGUAAGUUUGUCCAAUGGUGGCAUCAACGCCGGACACGACGGAAAGGAAGGGUACACAUGA